AUAUGAACGACUUAUGAUAAAUUUUGUUUUAUCGCAAAUUCCUACAUUUCAGUGGUGCUUAAAUCCAAAUUGUGGAUCUGGUCAAGAUCAUUAUCAAGGAGAGAAUGUUCCGAUAAUGACUUGUAAUGCUUGCGGCCAUAAAUCCUGUGUCGUGCAUGGAACUCCAAUUUCCGAUGGAUGUGAAAGAUGGCAUAGUGACAAAGGGCCUGUUAAUAAGCAAGAAAAACUGGAUGCUGUUGCUUUUACAACUGAUAUCAAAGCUGGUGAU